UUUUUAGGAGGGAGACCCUCCUUCGCGGCCGCCCGCUCGCAGCCAUGGCUUUGAAGGAGGCGGGCGGCAGCAUCCUGCCCAUCAGCGACAUGGUGUCGGGGCCGUCGGGCUCGCCGUUCCCCGAGGUGGUGGAGCUGAACGUGGGGGGCCAGGUGUACGUGACGAGGCACUCCACGCUGCUCAGCGUCCCGGACAGCACGCUGGCCACCAUGUUCUCCCCGUGCCGGGGCGGCCCGGCGGCGGCCCGCCAGCUGCCCAGGGACAGCCGGGCGCGCUUCUUCAUCGACCGCGACGGCUUCCUCUUCAGGUACGUGCUGGAUUACCUGCGGGACAAGCAGCUGGCGCUGCCCGAGCACUUCCCCGAGAAGGAGCGGCUCCUGCGGGAGGCCGAGUACUUCCAGCUGGGCGACCUGGUGAAGCUGCUGUCGCCCAAGGUCACCAAGCAGAGCUCGCUCAACGACGAGGGCUGCCAGAGCGACCUGGAGGACAGCAACUCGCAGGGCAGCAGCGACCGGCUGCAGCGGGCGGCGCUGGACAAGCGCUCGGGCUUCCUCACCGUGGGCUACCGCGGCUCCUACACCACGGUGCGGGACAACCAGGCGGACGCCAAGUUCCGCCGCGUCGCCCGCAUCAUGGUGUGCGGCAGGAUCGCCCUGGCCAAGGAGGUCUUCGGAGAGACCCUCAACGAGAGCCGCGACCCCGACCGCCCCCCCGAGAAGUACACCUCCCGCUUCUACCUCAAAUUCACCUACCUGGAGCAAGCCUUCGACCGGCUCUCCGAGGCGGGCUUCCACAUGGUGGCUUGCAACUCCACCGGCACCGCCGCCUUCAUCAACCAGUACAGGGACGACAAGAUCUGGAGCAGCUACACCGAGUACAUCUUCUUCAGUGACAUUUGCAUGAAUUUAUGGUGUUUAUUUUCCACUAGAAGUCAUAGCACUCCGAGAUUACAUUGGUUGCUGUGGAACCUGUCAUAAACAAGUGAUAAUAAUUUCAUAAUCAGUGGGGAAUAAGCAGUUAGAAGCAAUGAACUUUUAGGAAACAAUAUGGUAUUUUGAAAAAAAAAAAAACACAACCAACAACAAAACGAAACCCAGCCCCGCAACCACAACAAAAAAACCCAAUCAACGUUGUUUAUGUUUUUGCAAUAAAAAGGAGAAAAUAGAAGGUAACACUUGAAACAUGGGGAACAAACAUAUACAUAAAAUACUUUGAGAUGUUAAAUGCUCUGUGAAUAUCAAAUCCAGUUCAACAUACCACUGGGAUAGCGAGGGGAUGGUGGGUUGGCAGAUAACCCUAAACUGCUCUUCUGAGGGUAUCCUCAUAGGUAAGCCUAGGAAGUGCGGGUUGGAUGAGUGGCCAGUGAGGUGGACAGAGAACUGGCUCAACAACAGAACUCAGAGGGUUGUGAUCAAUGGGGCAGAGUCUGUUUGGAGGCCUGUCACUAGUGUGUUCCCCAGGGGUCUGUGCUGGGUCCAGUCCUGUUCAACAUAUUCAUCAAUGACCUGGACAAGGGACAGAGUGUAACCUCAGCAAGUUUGCUGAUGAUACCGAGCUGGGAGGAGCGGCUGAUACACCAGAAGGCCGUGCUACCAUCCAGCGAGACCUGGACAGGCUGGAGAGCUGGGCUGAGGGGAACCUGAUGAAAUUCAACAAGAGCAAGUGCAAGGUCCUGCACCUGGGGAGGAACAACCCCAUGCACCAGUACAGGCUGGGGGCUGAACUACUGCAAAGCGGCUCUGUUGAGAAGGACCUGGGAGUGCUGGUGGACAACAAGCUGACCCUGAGCCAGCAACGUGCCCUUGUGUCCAAGAAGGCCAAGGGUAUCCUGGGCUGCAUUAAAAGGAGUGUGGCCAGCAGGUUGAGAGAGGUUAUCCUCCCCCUCUACUCUGCCUUAGUGAGACCACAUCUGCAGUACUGCGUCCAGUUCUGGGCUCCCCAGUUUAAGAAGACACAGAACUGCUUGAGCAAGUCCAGCGGGGAGCUACCAAGACGAGUAGGGGACUGGAGCAUCUCCCUUAUGAGGAAAGGCUGAGAGACCUGGGUUUGUUCAGCCUGGAGAAGACUGAGGGGGGAUCUCAUCGAUACCUAUAAAUAUCUACAGGGUGGGUGUCAAGAGGAUGGGACUGGACUCUUUUCAGUGGUGCCCAACGACAGGCCAAGGGGCAAUGGGCACAAAUUGGAACACAGGAAGUUCCACCUCAACAUGAGGAAAUCUUCUUUCCUGUGAGGGUGCCAGAGCAGUGGCACAGGCUGCCCAGGGAGGUUGUGGAGUCUCCUUCCCUGGAGACAUUCAGAACCCACCGGGAUGCGUUCCUGUGCCCCCUGCUCUGAGUGUGCCUGCUCAAGCAGGGGGGUUGGACGAGCUGAUCUCCAGAGGUCCCUUCCAACCCCUACCACUCUGUGAUUCUGUGAUUUACUCAUUACCCAGGAUGUAAGUGCUAUGAGAGCCAUCCUGCAGGUGGUUUCUGUGACCAUGCCAAGCUGCAGUCCAUCCACCAGUGCUUAUUUGGUAGAGUUUUUGCUAUGUGGAUUGUAUCUAUGCUGUUUUAUAUGGAACAAGUAUAUCUGAAACAUGGUAGGUUGAGAGGAGAAAGGAGACCAAGACAAAAGUAAAACAAAGGUAUUGCUUCUUUGUGGAACAUUAAGGUGAAGAUGGACAAUUUACUUUAGCCUGAACGUGAUCCUUUAAUAGAGUACAAAUUUUUGGUGAUACAGGAAGACAUGAAGGAUUAAAUCAGUAUGACAAGCACAAUGUAGAAAAGCUUCAGAUUUCUGACAGUGUCAGGAUCGAGGAAUGUUGUUUCUGGCACGGCUACUGAGCAAAGCCCUUUAAAGAGAGAUUCUGUAGGUAGUUCUGCGAUUUUGGAAAACUGACAUAAAAUUUCAGCCUUAUGAUUCCAGCUCAACUCUAACAGAAUUUGAAAAUAAAUAAAUAACAGACUAUUCUUUAUCUUGUCAUUCUUCCAAAAUAUAUGUCCCUGAAUGUAAAGGGAUGAAUCAAAAGUGAACAGUCAUAAAUUACUGAUAUAAGAAUAUCUUUCUUAUGCCACCACUUGACAUAACGUGUGAUAAUCUAGUCUACUGAAACUGCUAUUCUGAUUUUUGUCAUCAUUUCAACCCAGAAACUAUUUGAGAAUGACUUCAAAACAUAAGAUUUAAAAGAAGUUUGAACAAAUUCUGCUUUUUAAUAAAUAGUUAAUGAAAACAACCUGCGCUCCUCUACAGCUGGUUUAAAGACAGUGCUGCAGUGAAAACCUUUGCCAGGAACCUUUUCAUUUUCCUUAUGCUUCAGUAGAAAUACGCAAGACUCAAUACAAUGAUUUGUGAUCAGAUUUUAAUAGUUAUAUCCAGUUCCUGCUCUUAUUACAAUAAAAUUAUAUUUUGAAGUACUGUAGAGCCACUUUAAUAUUUGGAGCUGAGGAUUGGAACCGUUUUGCAGUAUUUUGAAAGUAAAAUUAGAGAUUAACUGAGAGAAUCAGCUAUCCCGGGUAUUAUAUACCAGGUUCAAUACUAGAUAAGCAAUAAGCACCUUGAUACAAGCAGCUGUUAUUUCUGAUGUCAGGAAAUGGAAACACACUGGUUUUGAUAUUAUCCCAGACCUGUACUUCUUGUGGAUUACUUGGGAACAAAGUAACGCUGUUGGAGAAGCUGACUUUGCUGGAUCUGUAAUAUUUUGCAGGAAAACUGCUUUUUGGUGUCAGAUCACUUCAUACGUUAUCAAGGAUUUAUGAAAGUAGUUGCAGGGAAAUGUUUAUUUUCCACAGCAGGAUGAGCAAAUAAUAUUUUAUUUUUUCUUUAUUGUCAAUGUGAACUUCCAGUUAUCUACUGUUCAAACACAGAAUUUAUGUGUACAAAAGUUUUCCAUAUAAUAUUGUUCCAGGCACAUGGUUUAAAAUUAAAAUGUUACUGCUAAUAAAAUACGUUUUGCAAUAUAUUUGCUUUCUCAGGAUGAUAUGGCUGGUAUUUCACUGCUGGUUUUCUCCUUUGCAGCAAAUACCAAAUUUGUUACACUGUGAUGAGAAUUUGAGAGGUGAACAAAAAUUCACUAAGCAUUGCACCAAGAGGGAGUUCAUCAGCUCUCGCAUUAUCUUCUUUCUGCCACAGUUCCAUCUUUAAAUGUAGGUCUUCAGAAAUGAAAAACUGCUCAGGCAGCUCUCAUAAAUAUCAAACGUAAUAUGCUGUGGGAGUGAGAAGUGGCAGAAAGAAAGGCCCUUUUCUUAGUCCAGCUGAACAUCAGUAUGGCCUGAACAAAGCGACCAGAAAUAAUCGGUCACAUUUUGGUAUGUUACCAGUUUAAGGGCAAGAUCUUUGGUGAGCCAGAUACCUGGAUGGGCAGAGAAGGGAAGUGUCUAAGGUGGCGUGCACCAUUCUCAUACCUCUGGGGUCCUGGGUGGCCCGAGACCUGUGUGGUGCCCAGUGUAGCUCGCAGUCAGCUUAACAUUGCCCUACGUUGUCUCAGCGACUAGGGAGACCCUGGGUGUCACUGCAGGCGAAGUGAAUGGCACGGCCAUGCUUUGGACUUCCCCUCUGAUUUUCUGUCUCUGGUUUUGGAUUACUUUACUGCCAGAGUCACACAAGUAGUCUGUUACAGAGUUAAGUUGUCCAAGGUCAUGUCUGCUGGGCUUUUCCUUGCCACGGACUGAUUGUUUGGUUGGUAGUUAUUUGACUUGGUGUAACUGUUGAAAAUAGCUGGAGUCACUAUACCAGCUAACGUCCUAACCCGGCAAGCACAUGUUAUUUUUAUAUCCAAGGAUGACUUUAUUUCAUUUCUGCUCACAAGAUCUUUAUUUUUAAAAGGAGGUGGAGUACUGAUGACACUCUCAGAUCAUGGCUCUUUUAUAAACUGAACCACUGGAAGUCCAGUGGAAAAUCCUUAAAAAGAAUUACCAGGCAAAUUUCAUUUUGCUUUAGCAAAUCAAAUGCUUCAUGAUGGAUUUCCUGGGGAGGUUGUUCACUCCAGCUUGAUAAAACUGCAUGUUCUUCUUGAGAAGAGGUAAUUUGUACUCUACUUAAAAUUCAUAUAUUGACUAAAUGUUAGGAGAAAAAAGUGCUAUGUCUAAAAUGAAAUUAUCAUUCUCAGUAGAGUUUAAAUACUUUAAAUGUAUCGUACGAUUUUUAUUUUUAAAUCAGUAAUGGCCGUUGCACAUUUAGCUUUUGCCUCAUAUAAAUUCAGGAUUAUUCGGUGAAUUUAUUGUUUUUCUUUUUUUUUUCUUUGACCUAAAUGUGAUUGAUCAUAUAAAUAGGGACUAGCAGUGUGUGAAACUCACACUCAGGUCCCAUUCACAGCUCCAAGAUAGACCUUCACUGGGACUGAAGCAGCAAAUAGUCUUGGGCUAAUCUUUCACAUGAAAGUGGAAUUCAAACUACAUGAGUGAUUAUUUGGUGUCAUAGCUGUUUCUAGUACACAGUCCUGGCAGGAGGUAAGCAGUGAUGUUUUGUAAUUUUCAUGGAACUUGUAGAAACUAAUGGUGUUCCAUUUUGGUUGCAUUUUAUCAGAUUGUGGUAACAAAACUUGUCAAGUUUGUUACAUUUUGACAGUUCAGCUUUAGAAGACAUGUUUAAAUUAAAGAGUGCAUCUUGCUGCAAGGUGUCACUCCAUUUAUAUCAUCGCAUUUCUAAAUAUUUUCAGGACUUCACCACCCAUAUGUAAAAGUCACAGCGGUGUUAAUGAGAGUUUCAUGUUUCUAGCAAGAAGAUGAGUACAAUGCUUUAAAAACAUUCACGCAAAUAUUAUUUCUUUUUUAUGGAAAGACUUCUAUAUUGAUACUGUCUUUCCUAAAGUUGCUCAAAACAGGAUUUAAGGAUAGGGAGCAGUUUAUUUACCCAUUCUUUUCCCCAGGGGGCCUGCUUGGCCGUAAGCAGCAUCAGGACUGCUCUCAGUUAUAGCUGGUGCAAUGAUUCCUUCAUCAACAUUUUGCAGCUGAGAGUAGCUGGGCCAAAAUUUAGUUGUUCCCUGUCUCAUUGCCUCCCAGAUGCCUAAACCCUAUGGCAGGGGCUCUGAGGAAAGGAGGUGCAGAGACAGGGGCCGCUGACUCUGGGUGGCUGCCACCACCUCUGGGCUGCGUGCGUGUCAGGUUUGCUUUGUACUGCUCGAGUCGUGUACCCUGUGCCUGGCCCGUUUUCUGUUCCAAUGACGUGCACUUUGUGACUACAGAAAACUAGAGUGGCUUAUAGAAUAAAAAAAUAAUAGUACUUCUUUUUGAAGGGAAUACUACAACACUUUUAAAAAAAAUACUGUGACUAACUCAAUCCAGAGACAACGACUCAAUCAGAAGUGCAAGUACACACGGCAACAAUAACUACUGCACUGAAAUAGAUGUGCUGGACAUCUCUUUAGGGGGAGAAGGAGUGGGCUGAGAAACUGAGGAGGGAAGUCAACACCAUCAUUAACUUUUAUUAAUGAAAUUAAAUAUUCCAAGUCUUCAUUUAGCAUACAUUCAGUUGUUCUUAAUGCAUACAAAGAUACUAUCUUUGCCUUAGCAUAAAGAUGUGAUUCAGAAAUGAAAUCAGACAUUAUAUUUUAUUUUUUAUAUAAGCAAACAACAAUACCCUUCAGACUCAUUUUUAUCUUUUCUCAUUCAUCCUUACUGGGCUUUUCCCUCUACUACUAUUAACAAAUAGUCCCGAAGAGAGAUGAUUUGGUGCUCAGGGAUUCUUGUCACAUUUUGUUGUAAACAGUCUCCUGCAACUUAACAGUGAAAUUGUUUUAUAUUUUAUUGAAUGUAGAUGUUUAGGGGUUCUUGUAAGGAUUACAACUAUGUCAGUGUAUUCCGUGGAAGUUAUUAAAAGUGUACUAUCAUUCCAAAGGCUUCUUAUCAGUGAAUAUGUUAUGUAUGUCUCAGGAAUCUGUGAAGAUGUUUAUAUUUGUUUAAUAAUAGGAGGAAAAAGGCCCAGAAUUGCAUAUAUAUAUAUGAUUAUAUGAAUAAAUUGUGUGUAAAACAGUUACUUUCAUAACCUCCUACUAACAGUUCAGUAAACCAGAUUUUUUUUUUCUGUUACUCAAAUCUGCAUUAAAACCACCAUGCUUG